AUGUCCAAUUGUGAAACGAAGGACUGUAUUAUUCUUUCCAAAUAUGACUGCGACUAUACACCAAUGUAUUGUGAAGAAAAUAUCUGGAAGUUAUGUAAGAAAGUAUCUGCAUUGGACGAACUAAACUGCUGCAGUGCUGUAUUCAUUUCCAACAAAAACAGGAUGGUUCCGUUGUGGAAACAACGUGCUGCUGCUGCAGGACGAGACUACGUGAUAUGGGAUUAUCAUGUAAUCUUGUUAUACUCAAAGUCGGGUUUAGUAUUUGUGUAUGACUUUGAUACAACGUUAACAUUUCCUUGUGAUGCUCAAACAUACUGGACUGAGACAAUUCGUCCGGAACUGAAUUUGGAUGCGAAUUAUCACAGGUGUUUUCGAGUUAUUAGUGGCUCACAUUACCUGCAGCAUUUUUCUUCUGACCGAAGUCAUAUGUUGGAAACUAAUGGAAAUCAUAAAGCACUACCACCUCCUUGGCCUCCCAUAUAUGAUCCAGGCAUCGGAAAUAACCUUCAUAGCUUUAUAUCGAUGGACAGUCAUUUGUUGGAAAAUAUCAGCAAAGUUUAUGAUGAAAAUUCAUUCAGUGAAUUCAUUAAUGAACAGUUAAGAAGUGAAUGUUAA